UGAACCAUGUUCGGUAACGGAGGCUUAGCUCUCCCGGUCUGCUCCUUUCUCCUGCUACACCUCCCGGUUCUCCCGCUAACCAACAACUGGUUGUCCACCACCCAGAAUGUAAACAGCUCAUAUUGUGUUGGCUCUCCUAAACAGUACCAGCUCUGUCCCAACCAGCCCUGUCCCAGCCCCAGUGUUAGCUUCAAACAGCACCAGUGUUCCCAAUUCAAUUCUAAGGCCUUUGGAAGAAGAUACUACCAGUGGAUACCUCUAUAUCCAGCUGAUUACAUCAGCAUCUCCAAUAAGCCAUGUGACCUGCAGUGUACAACCAUCAGUGGUGAGCGACAGCUGCUAGUCCCCGCCCACGAUGGUACCUUCUGCCGCGAUACCAAAUACCAUGGAGUCUGUAUAGAAGGAAUAUGUCAGCCUGUAGGCUGUGAUGGGGAUCUGUACAGCAGUAAGACAGUAGACAGAUGUGGAGUAUGUGGAGGUAACGGGACGUCUUGCCAGCGCGUCUCUGGAUCAUACAGGAAGGCACUCACACAGUUAGGCUACGUGUUCAUCACCAACAUCCCGGCUGGAGCUUCAGACAUUCAGAUCAUAGAGAGACAUAAGACUGAGAACAUCCUGGCCCUCUCAGAUGAAGCUGGUCAUUUCUUCUUCAACGGAAACACAGUGUUUGACAAUCCUCAAAACUUCCGUGUGGCAGGAACAGUGUUUAAAUACAGACGUCCAAGCAAUGUGUUCUCUGAUGGGCUGGAGUAUAUCAUUGCCCAGGGACCAACACUUCAUGGCCUGAACGUUAUGUACUACAACCUGAACGGGAAGCUCCCCCACAUUACCUACGAGUACACCGUCUCCCACAUGUCUCAUGACAUCACAGCUGCAGAGGGCAUCACCAACGGCCCCUCCCACUCCCACCUUAACCUCACCUAUAACGAGUUAAAUGAGGAAGUCAGAGGGGAUCAACUUAGAGCGACCAAUCACAGCAGGGGGAGUGUGACGACUGUCCAUCAACUGCCAGCUCUGGCAGCUGAUACCAAAUCAGACAUCCUGCUGCAAGAGAAAGAAAAGAGGAGGAAAGAGCAGGAGAGAGGAGGAAAUAGUGGGGGAUCAGGAAACCCAGCCCCCCCACCAGCUGCCAUGUUAGUCUACAGACCGGCUGAUGUCACCAGUCACGUAUUCAGCCAUAAUGAUCUUGAGGAGCGAGGACCUCCGGUGCCAUCUGCCUACCGAAGUUCCUCCAACUCAGUUGACGAGCCAUCAACUGCUAAUGACAACACUCUACUGCUCUCUUUCCCAGGUGGUCAGAGUGUUCAUUCUGCAGCCCUGCCAGAAGACACCCCCUAUCUGCUACUGGAGGAUUUACAUUACAACCAGACACACUCAAACACACACUCCCUCACACACUCAAACAUACAGUCUGUUAAACACAGGCUCACCGAUCCACAUUCACCAGCAGAGACACAUGCAGAAACAUUGUCUACCACAGACACAGAAAUACACACGGACCCGCAGUUGGAAAUACACUCAGAUAUGCUGACCGUUACUGACGCACACGCAGAAACAGAAAUCGGCACACACUCAGACACACACACUGCCAUCCUGGUACAGCUGCAACAGGUGUCUGCAGUCGGGGUGGCCAACACUGAAAGCAAUGACUUUGAUGUAGGUCUGGACCCAGAUAUCAGUCUGGCAGACAUGUAUCGCUGGAAGGUUUCUGCUUAUGCUCCAUGUAGCUCAACCUGUACAACAGGUAUCACCACUAGCUAUGCCCUUUGUGUACGGUAUGAUGGCACUGAAGUUGAUGACAGUUACUGUGACUCUCUGACCAGACCUGAGCCCACACAUGAGUUCUGCACUGGAAAGGAAUGUCCUCCAAGAUGGGAGACCAGUGGUUGGAGUGAGUGUUCUCGAACCUGUGGGGAGGGCGUUCAGUAUCGUACUGUGCGCUGCUGGAAAAUGCUGUCGCCCGGCCUCGACUCCUCUGUCUACGACUCGCUGUGUCUGUCACAUGACCUUCACAAACCAGCCAAUAGAAAGGUCUGCCUCGGACAGAGCUGCGGACCCCAGUGGGAGGUGUCUGAGUGGUCAGAGUGUUCGGCGCGCUGUGGCUCUCGGGGUGUCCGUACUCGGGAGGUUCGUUGCUCCAUGGAAAUGAGACUAUGCAACAAGUCCUCUCAGCCAGUAGAAAGUCAGGAAUGUGAAGGCCCGCCCUGUGACAGAAGAUGGACAGUUUCUGACUGGGGACCUUGCUCAGGUGUGUGUGGAGAGGGAAGGAUGGUGCGAGCGGUGAUGUGUCGAUCGUCAGGUGGAGUAGUGAUGUCAGAGGAGCAGUGUGACCAAUCACUGCGCCCAUUGGCCAUCUAUCCCUGUGGUGACAGAGAUUGCGCCCCCCACUGGGUGGAACAGGAAUGGCAACAGUGCAAUGCUACAUGUGGGCGAGGUGUGCGGCAGCGCCAGGUGGUGUGUGCCGGGCUGGAAGGCGGUGUGUUUAAAGAGUUUCCAGACAGCAGCUGUGACCAAACCAACAAACCAGAGACUAGCUCCUCCUGCUUCCAGAGACCCUGCUCCAAAUGGUUCACCACAUCCUGGUCUCAGUGCAGUAAGACCUGUGGAAGUGGCGUGCAGGUUCGAGAAGUGAAGUGUUACCAGGGGGAGGAGCUGGUAACCAGGGGCCACAGCUGCGACUCUACCCUCAAGCCAGAAGCCCGACAGAGCUGUGAAAUUCAGAGCUGUCCGACGGAGGCACCAGCGGCAGCUCCAGCAGCAUCAGUAGCAGCAGACAACUCCUGCCAAGACAAACCAACAGCCAACUGUGCCCUGGUGCUAAAGGUGAAACUGUGUUCCCAUUGGUACUACAGGAAGGCCUGCUGCCAGUCCUGUAAGGCACCAAGACCCUGAAGUCUUAACUGUAACCUCUCACCUCAACCCCUUAACACAAACCACUGGUACCAAAGGUCACAUUACAUUCAUAUUGGUGCUACACUUAAGCCUGCUGCUAGCAAUGUAAGGCCUUACGACGUUCAUUCACCUUGUAACUCUUCCUCUGGUCUCUGAUGUCAACCUGUGGUCACUGUCUUUAACUCCUGUCUGUCAGUGUUAUCACUUUAAGCUGGUUUCCUCACACCUAGGAAUGCUCCUAAAAGUAUAUUUGUUUUUGUACGUAGUAGUAUCAUCACUACUAAGAAAUCAAGAAUACUGCUAUUGCUCAUCAGUAAAAUUGUUUUUGCACACAAAGCACAGUUUCUGCUCUGUAGCAAUAUUUAACAACUGGAAGUUUAUCUAAAGUACUGACACGAGUACAAGGCUUAAGCCUCCUCCACCUGACGGAGGCCAUGCUCAUUUACCCAGCAUGCUACUAAAUCUAUUCACUCCUCCCUGGCAAUGUGAAGAUAGACUAGCUUUAGGACAUACUGGGCUUUCUGUGACAGAAGGAGCAAACCUGUCUUUUGAUAAACAUCCUUAAUCCAUUCUUCAUUCCCGUCCUUCUCACUGUCGCUCUCACCGUUUUAAGGACCCUUCAUCCAUCCCUCUGUCCAUCCCUGCAAGUAACUCCCAUCCCAUUUUAAAAGUGCUCCCUGUAGUGGAUAUCUGUAAUCUAUCCAUUCCCUUACCUUUUCAUUAUGAUGCUAUGUUCCACUAAAGGUGCAUCCGAUGCAGAUGAAAGCCCUGUGGCAGCUUUAUUGGUAACGCUUUAUUUGGAUAGUCUGAGUAUUUGUAACAUUUCAAAACCGUAUUAGUUGAGAUUCAACAAUUCAACUGUUUCACAAAUAAAACAAUUUUUUUGAUAUUACGCCACUGUGGUUAAGGUUUGGUUAGGUUUAGGUACAGAACCCAUCUAGCUUAGGUUAUAGGUUAUGAAACAGCUAAGAUUAAAAUGUUACAAAGACUAAAAAAAAAAACUGUAGGCGGACUAUGUUAUUGCUUUAUUGUUACUGUGGCAACAGACAGACUGGACCACAGGAAGAAUAUGCGACUGAGCCCCCUCAGCCUUGGUCCAGACCUGUUCUACAUACACAUCCCUGUGAAAAAUUGGUCAGGUUGUACUGCUGGUGCCAUGCUGUUUUUUUCUGCCACUCAAAAAAACUUUUAAAUUUACACAAUAUACAACAGACACAACGCAGCCUGCUGCCCUAGACUGACUAACAUAACAGAGUUACUGCCAACUUUACUUAUCACAAAGUCAUUUCUUUAUCGUGACAAGCUGAUCAUUGUCAUGACCCCACUUUCCCUACAAAAUAACAAACUUUAGCAGUCCUCCUAAAAGUGAAAGCCUUUUAAUACAUCCACCAGGCACUGUGAAGGAACCUGGAUGUAGCAACUAGCUUAUGCCACCUCUAGACUACUAUAACAUCAAGACAGGCAACAGUUUUAUACUAAUUAAACCUACUAACCAAAUAAACCAAAUGCAAACAGUAGUAGUCUAAAGAAGUCAAAAUACUGCAUAUAUAUAUAUAAGUCAAAAUACAACACUAAAAUAUGAUAUUAGUAAUGGUUCAAUAGUGCAACCACUUAGACAAGUCAAACAAACUGUCUUUAGAACAGUUUAAGACUACUCCACAUUUAGCAUUGCUCUCCUAUAAAACUGCAGCAAAACUGAGAUGUUGUCUUUUUUUAGUACACACAUUCUUUCUGUUCAAAACCUGGUGCAUACAUUGCCCACAAUGCAACUCAGCAGCUGACAGAUUGGUCUAAGAUUCAGGUGUGUUAUGCUAGUCGCAGCUAUUGUAGCCUAGAGCCUCCAGCUUCAAGCAGAGAUGAGGAGCAGCUAUAGUUUUCAUUUUGAAACUCUGGAGACAUAAAAGUCUUUAAACAACUUUUUUUUUACAUAUUCAGUAGCACUAGCAACACAUGUGUAAAAUUGGUGGAGUUUCCCCUUAACAUGGUGGAUUUAACACACUGUACAAUAUGCUUGCCUCCCCAGGCUGAGAUGAGAAGGUCAAUAUAUAGUAUAUACAGUCACACCCUUGGAAGUUUUCAUGUUUUAUUGUCUUACAACAUUAAAUCACAGUAUACUGAAUUAUCUUUAAAAAAAACUAAUCUUUUUUCCACAAGUAUUGCCCCCGGCAGACUGACAACUGUGCCACACCGUUUCCAUUCCUUGAUCAUGAAAUCAAGGAUAUUACGUGACUUAGAAAUGUUCUUCUAAUCUAUCCACUGACUGGUGUGUUGCGACCACGAUUUCACAGAAUUGCUUGGAAUGUUUUAGUUCAAUGUUUAAGUCUUCAUAGUGUAGGUUAGUACACUAUACACUAUACUAUCUAACCAGAAGUUGGACCUUCCAGAUAUAGGUGCAUUUAUAUCAUUUAUAAAUGUAUAUUCAUGCCCCUUUGCAGGCAACCAUUUUCAAUCUGAAGUAAAACUAUAUUUUUCCGUUGAUCUGUGUUAAAAAAUAAAAUAAAAAAUCAACCGUGAUUUGAUGUUGUUAGACAGUCACACAAUGCGUAAAUUUUGAAGGUAGGUGAAAACAUAUUCCUGUGCGUCCAGUACAGAGACCUGGAUGUUAUGAUGUUAUGAUAGUCAAAAAAUGAGCCUCCUAAGCUGUUAUUUACACAUUUAACUUGUUUGACAAGCUAUUUCUUGAUCUGUCGAGUGCCUUGACUGUAUGUAGCAUCUCUGGUGUACUGUUUUCAUUAUGGGGUAUGCACAACUUAAAUUAACAUGAACAAAACUUCAUACAGACUCUACCAAGCUAAACCUAUAAAUAAGACAGCACUGGAGUCAGGUCAGUUGUUUGUCUUUGUUCUCAUUCAGUCUUUGGGGUAAGCUAGAUGAUCAAUGUCUUAAAAAUUUGUAUUUCUCUUCUCAUGUGUUUCUGGGACAGCUGAUACAAGCAUAUUUCUAAAAAUGUUGAAAUGUUCUUUUAAAAUAAUACGGUUUUCCCAUACAAGAAAACAACUACUUGUGAAGAAUUUUCUUCCUGAAAGAACUGAAAUGGUCAAAUGUGAGAAUGUAGAAUUUGAUGCAAGGGCUGUGAUCUGCAGGAGCAUUAACUUCUGACUGGUUAUACUCCUGUAGACAUUUCAGUUGUGGAAAUGAAAAUACAUCAGUGGAGUUGCUGGCUUGAAAAUAGAAGAAUAGUACAAACACGUCACAACCCAGAAACAGCUGAGGAGCACCAGUAUGCUACUAUCUAUAUAACAUCACCUAUCCAAUACACUGUGUACACUUGACUGUCACUGCCAGUCUCACUGUUGUUUACCUGUUGUAGCCCACAGAGCUGCUGUUGUUGUUUUUGCUUACUG